UCCUGACCCCAUACAAACUCUCCCCUCUAUGAGGUAGGGCACUUGAUCUGAAGGUUCUUGUACAUCUGCUUUUCUGAGAGUGAUGAUUCGUAGAGGCUGUGAAGAUAGGCAGGUGGCAGAGCCAAUGGGGCAGCUAGCUGGAAGAUUCUAAGGAGUGGAGCAGUUGGAGAGGAAGGAGAGGUUUCCUGUUGAGUGCAAGGUUUUACAUGGGAGAGGGCAGAAGAGACAGGGCUUCAGAGCUGUGGCAGCAGAAGCAGGGACAAAUCACCUGGACAGACAGGCUCCACUCCUCCAGUUGCCUGCGACUUUCGUCCCUACUCAACUCAUGUUACUGGAGAUUUGAUGCUUUAAUUUGAGUUGACUAGGAUUUGGCUACCAACUUGUCUCCAAAGGAAGAAAAGCAAAGAUCUGUGGGCCUGGACACCAACUGCUUUAUUUCCCACAAGCGUUGGCAGGUGCCGUGGAGAGUUCUCCUGGUCUCGGAUUCCGUGAUCCGUUGAGGGUCUGAAGAGAUGGCUGCAGCAGCAAUAGCUGGGCUGAUCCCUGUGCUACACUCGGUGGCUGGUGACAAAUCCAGCUACUACAUUGGGCGACAGCUGUGGUUUGGCUUCAUUGCGGUGUAUGGAGUGGUGGUGUACGUGGUGCGCAUGCCCUGGGCCUCCGUCCAUGAAGAUUUCUGGUGCCACGGCAACAUCACCAGUCCUUGUUUGAUUGAGUGUUUCGAAAAACGUUUUAGAAGUCCUGUAGUGGGAAUUUGGUACUUCUUUUUCUUUAUUUUUUUGGCCCUUUUCUUCCUCAUGGAAUUCUUCAUGGCUCAGAUUCGGCACAAGCAGAUCAAAGUCAAAUUAGUGGAGUCAGUGGCAAGUGAAAUGGAGGAAGGCUCCCUGGUGGGGAUCCAGGAACAUGUCCCUUCCCCGAAGAAGUCCAUCCUGAACUUCCACCAGGAGAAGAUGCUUUUGCUUUUGUACCUUCUUUACUUCCUCCUGCAGGUUGGUGCACAGUGCGUGUUUUCUUUCCUUCUCAUGUUCCAACACCUGCCCCUGGUGAGCCAAGCCAUCAUUCACUGCAGCACGGACAGCUGCCCCGGGCCCUAUUUCUGCCUGAUCAGGGGUACUAUGGAGAAGCGAAUGUCCAUCUACACCCUCAUCACCUUGUCCUUCAUGAUCAUCCUCUUCUGCUCAGGUUUCUUCAUAUACAGCAUCCAUCAUUACCUGUUAAAAGGGAUUGCCAGUGCUAAGUUUUGGCUUGACUAAUUUUGGAAGGUUUUAUUGUGAGUCUUUCCUCCCUUGCACUAGGAACUUUGUAUUCCUUUAAAUAUUGUGUCUGGGGCAGGGCUUCCUCCUGCUAACUUUCUUUGCUUUAGUCCUUCAUGAAAUAAACCUUGGAUGUUCUGUUUCCUUCUU